GUCUGCACUAAAAGGCGAUGACAUUCGUCGGCGCUGCGGCCCCCUGUGAUGCGUGGUCCGAAUGGCAGCGCUCAGCUGACGGUUGUAGAAAGGGCGUUGCACCGAGACUCGUAACCAAUGCGCGCAGCGCCGCGGCCAAGCGGAGACCAGAACCAUUGGUCACCACGACGACUGCCAACGAAGCUCAACAUCACUCCUUCGCACCACGCACGAGCUCCGCCGCCGCCGAGGAGCCUCUCGCCUGGCCCCUUCCUCCGAUGAGGGCGCUCCACUCGCUGCCGCCCAUGACAUGAUCCCAGCGCGACGACGACAUGGCUUCUCCGCACUCGACCCCGGGCUCGCCCCGGACCUCGUCGCCGCUGGCCUUUGACGAGGACACGGCGCAGUCGCUCUCGUCCUCGCCGGGCGACGCGCACCCGACCGCGACACCGCGCAACCCCGACGAUGCCUGGCCGAGCCACCGUGCCGUGCCCAGCGCCGUCGGCGCAUCAUCCGCCGGGGAGCUGGCGCUGCAGGCGCCCAAGGGCAAAGAGAAGGCAGCCAAAGGGCCGCUGCGACUGCUGGACCUGCCCGUCGACGUCCUGAAGGAGAUCAUACACCAGCUGCCGCACACAAACGACCUCACGUCGCUCUCGCUCUGCCACUCGGCCCUCCACCGCCUCACCAUCCCGUGCAUCUACUCGCGCUUCGACAUUGUCUGGCCCGACGAGAGCACGCACAUGGAGCCGCGCUCCGGCGUCGACGCCCUCACCUACGGCCUCGCGACCCUGGUCAUGGGCGACGAGUGCUUCCCCCACCAGAGCCAACGCUACCGCGAGCACGCCGCCCACGCCCCGACGGCCAAACCCACCACGCCGUACCCCGUCCCGCGCCGCCGCUUCGGCAACUACUAUGGCCAGUUCACCAAGAAGUUCUCCCUUGGUAACGGCCCACAAGCGUGGGUACAGGAGUACGUCAUCACAAAAGAGAGCGGCAAGAUGCUGGGGACACUGGUGGCUCUCGCCAUCGCACGCAUGAUCAACCUCGAGACGUUCGUGUGGGACAUGCCCACCGGCGUGCUGCGAGACGUGUGGCUCGCGCUGUCAAGCCUUGCAGGCCGGAACGAUGGGGAGGACUGCCGUCUGGAGCGUCUAUGGAUUCGUUGGCACGACAAUACAAUCGAUGCACCCGUGCCUCCACCCGCGCCCCCCAUGAUACUCAACAAUGCAAAUCUUCCAGCGCCUCCAAAUACCACACACCCAAGCGGUCCUGGCUCUGUUCCACCACCAGUCAUUGUGCCUCAACCAUUCCCUGCAAGCAGCGUUUCAGCGUUAGAGCGCGUCGAGCAUCCUACCUUCUCCGUCAUUCCUGCGUUGAAAAGCCUGAGCGUGUUGGACGUUGACGAGCUCCCCUAUCUGGACGAGAUGAGCAUCCUUAUUGCGAGAUCCCAGAAGAAGUUGCGCGAGCUUCGUGUCGGUAUUGCUCCGCAUGCACAGCAACGAGACUGGGUGACCGUUUGGGAUGGCGAUGGGCUUCAACAGAUCGACUACAAUGCCGCGACAACGGCAUCAAGCUCUAUUGGCGAGAAGAGAUUAGGAGGUGUACUUGGCGUGCUGGUAGGUCGCAUCCACAAUAUGCGCCAUUCUGAAGAAUCGCCUCGGAAACCCAGUGCCACUGGAGUGCAGGGCCGGACAGAAACAACGCCUCUGAAGCCGACAGUGUCAAACUCUCUCUCCUCAACAGCGUCGAUCCCAAUACAGGACAGGGACUCUGAGCAAGACGUCGAUCACUUCGGAAAUCCAAUGGAAGGCUCGACCAUCACAGAGGGUAUCAGUCUGUACAACGAGCAAAUGCCAGCUAGUGCAGAACCAGCGACCCCGACAGCAAGCUCACCCACGACGCCGGCAAGAAAAGUUAAUCUCUCGGAGCGGCCGAAAGCUGGAGAUCGCACAGAUGAGCAAGACGAGUCGCAAGAGGAGCUUUUAAAUGGGAAGCUGAAGCUAGAGGUUCUGGAGCUUGAACGCAUACCGCUCUCUGUGUCUGUGCUGAGAAGGGCAUUCGACUGGUCAAUUCUCUCGACGUUGACUCUUCUCCAUUGCAGCAACCACGAGCAGUUGUGGAAGGUUCUCCGUCGGACCUACACACCCCGCGCCAGCUAUUCUGGAUCGCCAUCUUCGUCGAAGGCCUACAAAGCAUCCUAUACGCUUCGUUCUGACUACCAGCUGAAUUUGAAGCGGAUUCAUACCAACACUGUUUCACCAUCGCUCAUCUCGUUUCUCAAGGAAACCUUGGCGCCUAAUAGUCUUGAGGUACUCUUCUUGCAGGAAGGCCGAUCAUAUUCGUCGACGGUGACAGUGGACGCCAUAUACCGCGGUCCCAUGCGGCGCCAUAAGGCAAGCCUCAAGAAGUUGAUGAUCGACAGUAGUGAGAAAGGACCAGAGGGACACACGACAGCGAGUUCAAGAUGGCGACGAUGGAUGAUGAACAGAGAGAUCUUAACAUUCAUCACCAGCGGAAGAAUGAGCAGUCUUAGAGAGCUGGCGGUCUCGAUCGACUAUAAAGACUGGCACCACUUCCUUCAGCGCUUGCCUUUCAUCCCGCACAUCCGUUCCCUAUACAUCCCUUUCAUCGCCGACCAUGCACAUGGCAACAACAUUGAUCCACGCGAGCUUGCCUAUCAAAUCCUUGACAUUGUCCACUUGCGCCCAGAGAUCGAGCUCUGCUACAUGGGACUCACACACAAGUGUUUUGAAAUCUUGGAAAACCGACCGACGAAUUAUGAUUUACGAAGUGACAGUAUGAGUGGAGAGGCUGGUGCCGGCGCACAUGGCUACAUUGGCCACGACCCUGUAAUCAUUAGCGAUGAUGAGAGCGAAGUUAUUGAAGACGAUGACGAUGAUGACGAUGACGGCGGCAUGGGUCACGCUGGAGAGGAGACAGAGAGCGAAGGCAGUGACGGGGGCCAUGAACAGGAAAGCGAUGAUGAGUCACUUCUGUAUGAGGAGCAUAGAGGACCAAAGCUCAGGGUGCGAGAGAUCCUUUUUUACGAGGAAAGAGUGGAGGCCUUCAGGAGAAGGCAUGGAGUGCUGAGGCCCUAAGUGGAAAACAGUUUCACGGGACGUUUUGAUGCACAUGAGCAGUUCUUGAUGUACUGCAUUUCGGGACAUGGAGCGACACGGAAGGCGUGGUAUUGGCGCACAGGUUGAGGCAUCCCUCCUUGGGGUCUCUGGUUUUGGUUGGUUUCCUUAUGGUUUUGAUGAGCGAUUGUAAAUCUAGAUCCCACGUGGAUGACUUUAGCAAUAAGCCAAAGUCUAAUGCAUUGAUUGCUACUU